AUGGCUGACACCAAAACCGAUGGCCCACCGGAGACGGUGAUCCCUUCGCCAGAGCUACUUGCUGGUCUCGCUGAGAAGUCUUUAGCAGAGAAGCAGAAGCCCAAACCAAAGGAGGAGCAUCCUUCGGGAAAAGAAAGCUAUGGAGCCCUGAUGCAGAUUGUGCGCGGCUCCUUGUUCGCCCUAUACUUCAACACAUGUUGCUUGAUCAUUUUCUUUACCCAACUUAUCGGCUCUCCCCUGUACUUCGUCAAUCGUGACUGGUACUACGCUUACAUGGCUAUGACGAAACAAUCUUUUUGUCUUACUACAACUUCCAUGACCCAAAUCUGGGGCCCGACCACCAUUCGAAUCAGCGGUGACGAGUCGGUCGCCGGUCAGAUCAAGCUGCGGCCCGAUGGAGGAGUUCAGUUCGAGUUCCCUGAGCGUUUGGUGAUGAUUGCCAACCAUCAAAUCUAUACUGACUGGCUAUAUCUCUGGUGGAUUGCUUACGCUAAUUCUCCUGGCAUGCAUGGGCAUAUCUACAUCAUCCUCAAGGAAUCCCUCAAGCACAUCCCUUUCAUUGGAUGGGGAAUGCGCUUCUACGGAUUCAUCUUCAUGUCGCGAAAGAUGGCCUCGGAUCAGCCCCGUUUGGCCUACCGCCUCAACAAACUCAAACAACGCAAGGUUGAUCCCAAUGGAAAGUCGUAUAUGGACCCCAUGUGGCUGCUCUUGUUCCCCGAAGGCACGAAUCUUUCCAAUAAUGGGCGUAGAAAGUCGGCUGGCUGGGCUGCCAAGAACGACCUCAAGGAUCCAGACCAUGUCAUGCUUCCACGAAGUACUGGCAUGUUCUUUUGCCUGAAUGAGCUCAAGGGAAGCAUUGACUACGUCUACGACUGCACGGUCGCAUAUGAGGGAAUUCCCCGAGGUGGAUUCGGUGAGGAAUAUUUUGGUUUGGUGAGCACCUACUUUCAAGGUCGGGCCCCUAAGUCGGUCAACUUCCACUGGCGCCGCUUCAAAAUCAGCGAUAUGCCCCUUCACGACCAGAAGGCCUUUGAGCUCUGGUUGCGUGAGGAGUGGUACAAGAAGGAUGCGCUCAUGGAAGAGUACCUGACAACCGGUCGAUUCCCCCGUAUGGCUGGUAGCAAGAUCGACUACAUCGAGACCGAGGUCAAGACUCGAAAGCCCUGGGAGAUUCUUCAGAUCUGUGCGGUUGUUGGUACCGCUGCGUUAAUCUGGCACAACAUCAAGAAGUCCUUCUCGACUGUGUCAUCCGCGUUUCGUUGA